CCAAAAAAAAAAAAAAAAAAAGGGCAGCUGGCAUUAUAGUAGGGAUUACAUUGACUCUUAAGCCAAUUUGGAGGGUAUUGCUAUCUUAACGAUAUUAAGUUUUCUAAUCCAUGAAUGUGAAAUAUCUUCCCAUGUUUUAGAUAUUUUUAAUUUCUAAUUUCUUGCAGUGAUGUUCUGUACUACUCAAUGUAUACUAAUAAUGCUCUGUACUGUUCUAUAUUAAUGAUGCUCUAAUACUAUUCAAUGUACUUGCUGUUGUGUUAUAUUUAGUCCUAAAUAUUUUGAUCUUCUUGAUGCUCUUGUAAUUGGAAUUGUUUUCUCAAUUUCAUUUUCAGAUUAUUUAUUGCUAAUGUGUAGAAAUACCAUUGGUUUUUAGAAGUAUUAAUUUGUAUCCUGCAACCUUGCUGAAUCUGUUUAUUAGCUAUGAUUUUGUGCAUGUGAGCGUGCGCGCGCGCGCGUGUGUGUGUGUGUGUGUGUUCCUUAGAACUUUACAUAGACGAGAUUUUAACAUCUGCAAAUUGAGGUAGUUUUAUUUCUUCCUUUCCAUUUUGGAAGCCUUUUGUCUCAUUUUCUUGCCUGAUUGCCCUGGCUAGAAUCUCUAGUACUAUACUGAAUAAAAAUGAUGAGCGUGAACACCAUUGUUUAUUCUUGAUAUUAAGGGGAAAGCUUUUAAUCUGUAGUCAUUAAAUAUGAUGUUAGUUAUGGGAUUUUCACAGAUGCUCUGUUCUCUUGAGAUUAGGAUAUUUCUUUUUCUAGUUUGUUUUUCUUGUAAACAGGUGCUAGAUUUUACCAAAUGAUUUUCCUGCAUGUUUGGAAAUCAUUAUUUUUUUGUCUUUUGCGUAGAUUGUAUGUUAUAUUGAUUGACUUUCAUAUGUUGAACCAAUCUUCCAUUCUUGGAAUAAAUCCCAUUGGUGUAUAAUCUUUAUAUGGUGCUGGAUUCAGUUUGUUAGUAUUUUGUCAAGGAUUUUUACAGCUAUUCUUAAGUGAUAGUGGUCUGUAGUUUCUUCUGACGCCUUUCUCUGGUUUUGGUGUCAGAAUAAUAUAAGGAUACUUUUUGAUGUACACUAAAUUUAAACUUUUUUCCCCCCAGAAAAUGAUCCACAGUCUAUUUCUCAUAAACUGUUCCGGUGACAUAUUUCUGGAGAAGCACUGGAAGAGUGUUGUGAGCCAGUCUGUCUGUGAUUAUUUCUUUGAAGCUCAAGAGAAAGCCGCUGAUGUUGAAAAUGUACCACCUGUCAUUUCAACACCUCAUCACUACCUCAUCAGUAUAUACAGGGACAAACUCUUCUUUGUGUCUGUCAUACAGACUGAAGUGCCCCCUCUCUUUGUAAUUGAGUUCCUACAUCGAGUUGCUGACACUUUUCAGGACUACUUUGGUGAGUGUUCGGAAGCUGCAAUUAAGGAUAAUGUGGUCAUUGUAUAUGAGCUCUUGGAAGAAAUGUUAGACAAUGGAUUUCCACUGGCUACUGAGUCUAAUAUUUUGAAAGAACUGAUUAAACCACCAACAAUUCUCCGUUCUGUCGUCAACUCUAUUACAGGCAGUAGUAAUGUUGGGGACACACUCCCCACUGGGCAGCUGUCCAACAUUCCAUGGCGCCGGGCAGGGGUAAAGUACACAAACAAUGAAGCCUAUUUUGAUGUCGUUGAAGAAAUAGAUGCAAUUAUAGAUAAAUCAGGAUCUACAGUCUUUGCAGAAAUUCAGGGGGUCAUUGAUGCUUGCAUUAAGCUAUCUGGAAUGCCUGACCUUUCUCUUUCUUUUAUGAACCCACGGCUUCUAGAUGAUGUCAGCUUCCACCCCUGCAUCCGGUUUAAGCGCUGGGAAUCUGAAAGAGUUUUGUCCUUCAUUCCUCCAGAUGGAAAUUUCCGGCUCAUAUCAUAUCGUGUCAGCUCACAAAAUCUAGUGGCAAUACCGGUGUAUGUGAAACACAGCAUCAGCUUUAAGGAGAACAGUUCUUGCGGUAGAUUUGAUAUUACGAUUGGACCAAAGCAGAAUAUGGGGAAAACUAUUGAAGGAAUCACGGUAACAGUUCACAUGCCAAAAGUUGUGCUGAAUAUGAACCUGACGCCAACACAAGGCAGCUAUACAUUUGAUCCAGUUACCAAGGUACUAACAUGGGAUGUGGGAAAAAUUACUCCUCAGAAGCUCCCAAGUCUUAAAGGACUGGUAAAUUUACAGUCUGGAGCGCCCAAGCCAGAAGAGAAUCCAAGUCUCAACAUACAGUUCAAGAUCCAGCAGCUUGCUAUUUCUGGCUUAAAAGUAAACCGCUUGGACAUGUAUGGGGAGAAAUAUAAGCCAUUUAAAGGAGUCAAAUAUGUCACGAAAGCUGGAAAGUUCCAAGUGAGAACAUGAGAAGAGGCCAAAAUUCCUCAAGAUCUGUUUGUUUUCCUAGUGUCAUUAUAGUUUAUUACUGUUAGGUACCAAGUGGGUGGGAAUCCAUAUUCUAGUCGAAGCAUUCCGGUUGAGCUACACAAGCUAAUGAAGUUGCUUAGUAAUCAGUGUGGGGUUCUGAAGAGGUUUAGGCUAAGGAAACUUUGAAUGACUUAGCUUAUUUUUUUAAUCUUUUCAGUUAGGAAGAUUCUGGAGGUGAUUGCCUCCGUGGCGGGGGGGGGGGGUGGCCUCAGCUGGAGGCUCCACAUUGUAACAACAGUAAAGGCAGAAAGCUGCAGUGAUAACCUCUCCCCUAGAACAACUGAACUGAUCUCAGUCAGCAGGAGCUGUCCCCAUCUGUAAUAUGAUGUAUCACAAGUGCAGCCCAGUGUCACACCUGAUCUUAGCCGUCCCAAAUCAGCAUCUGUCCCAACAGAGGAAGUUCCCCCCACCCCAAGAAGUUUACAAAAAACUGCCUCUUCAAGUGUUUGCCUUAUUCAGCUUUUCACUUGUGCCAUUAAGCAAGCACUGUAGCAAAAGCCACUUCCACUGGCCCAGGCAGGGAGCCCCAUGGCUCCAAGCUCCAUUCUCACUGUACUUGGUCUUGUAUUUUUUAUAAAUGAGAUUUUUACGUAAAGCUCAGAUUUUGAUUUACAGGGACCUUGCUGCAGGAAGUACCAUCUCCGUUUUGUGCCACUAGUUCAGCUGUUAGAUAGUAUAGUCAAUAUCAUUUGUAUCAAAGGGGCGAAUGCUUUAUUAAGGCAAUAAAAGGAAACACUACUUCUGCUUUUAGGAAGUUGUUGCAAGCACAAGCAUUUGAAAUUUGAAGCAAAUUAAAGCAUCAAAGCAAAACCGAAGUGAACUUUGCCACCUUCAUGUUUUAUAAAGCUUAUCUACACCACUUAAACCAUUGUUAGCCUAAAGGCCUCAAGCCCUCCUUCAGCAAAAGCAAGAAAAUGGGCCUGCUUCACUGUCUUCACUUUUUUUUUACUCUUUUAUCUUUUUUAUUGUUGUUCUUAAGGUCUUGAAUUUACCUGCGUCCCUUGUCUUAAGGGGGAGCUCUCUUUUCGUAGUCUGUGCUUCCCAAGGCUACAGUGGCCAAUAGGUUCUUUCCUGAAACUUGUCAUACUUGUUAUUUGAACGUCUCCACUGUACUGACUUGGAAGUAUAUGAUAUUGAGGCAGUAACAAGAUCCUCGGUAACACUAACAAAACCAUCAUCUUGGUUGGGAAGUCAGUCUAGGGUUGUAUCCUUUCACUAAACUUCACUGGCUUUGAAGUCCUUGCCCAGUCAUUUUGCCUCAUUACACACAAAGAAUGGAGAAAGGCUGAGAGAUACAAGUGCUUGUUCUUCAUGGUUCCCACUUGUUCUUGCUUAUGCUGUUUUCUUCUUAUAACUGACUCCAUUCUCUCCUUUCGUCUUGGCUUGUAACUCCCUUUUCCAUGUAAUGCUAAGAAUGGCCCUUAAAUUCAUCCCAUUCUGCUGUCAAGGGCUAGUGGUCGCUGCUGCUACAGAGAGCCCACCAGACAGCAGCCUUCUCACCUUUGCCCGCCUAGGGUACCCAGCCCGCCUUUCGUCUAAUAGGAAAUGGCACUUUUUGCAAAUUUGAAAUUUCUUGGGUAACCAAAUCAGCUUGGCAGCUAAAAUCAAGAUGUUGCCAAAUAUCUAUUUCCUUUGCCUAAGGCUAAUUACCCAGUCUGAUUGCUUUAAUUUUUAAUGUCUUUUAAUGUCCUAUCUCAAAAGAACAAUCAGUACAUUUGCUUUUCUUUCCGCAGAAUCCCUGAUCUCAACCAUGUAUAUCUGGACUGUCCAAUUUUCUUUCUGUGCUACCUUCUCUUAUAUAUAAAAAAGCAGAUUAUAUGCCAAGAGCCCGUUGUCUCUAGCAAUUUCUGCUAUAUCUUCCAAGUAGAUUGUUUCCUUUUACAAUUAAAUUAUUGUAUUUAUUAAUUUGAAUCCAGCAAAUCCUUUCUCUAAUCUGGCUAUACUGUCAAUAAAAAGGUGAAAGCAACA